GGGUGGAGGAGGGGGAGGAUCAUCAAGAGCUGAUGAUGCAGUGAUGCAGCGUCCGGUGGUUACUGGUGAAAGCUUAACCGUCGACAAGGGAGAAGAAGACGAAGCAAUGGCCCAGAUGGUGUGUGAUAACUUCAUCGAGCACGAGGACGAUGGCGACGAUUAUGCUCAUCAGUUCUGUGAGCCCAUGUGCCUGGCGCUCAAGCAGGUCAAGCUCGAGGUCUCGGCCGCCAGUUCCUCCUUACCUCAGCAAAAAGAAGUUCCAAGUGAUACUAAAAUCAAAGUCGAACCCGACGAGUCUCCUCAUCUGAGCAACGGUCAUGCGUCAGGUUUGAUCAACGGUGUCGAAGCAGCCACAACUGUUGAUGACAAGACCAGUGUACCGAUGACUCCUGCCAACCGUGCAGCAGCAACAACGGCCGGCGACGUCCUUUCGCAAGACAAGAACACCAUGCUGCUCUUUCAGCUGCCGCAGACUCUACCAAGCAUCGUCUCUGGGGAAGGUUCACACGCGAGACUACAGCCUGGAACAUCGAGUGCGCUCGACACCGAGGAAGAAGAGGGUAAGAAGAAGGCUGAAUAUUGCCGCCUCCGCGACCUCCCAAGCGGCCAAAUUGGCUGCGUUAAAAUUUACAAGUCUGGUCGUGCCGAACUUUGCCUGGGCAACUACGCUCUACCUAUCAAUGUGGGCUGCCAGCAAGACUUUCUUCAGGAAGUUGCGCACGUCAGCAUCGACGAAACUCGCAAGAGCGGCAAGAUGGCCGUGCUCGGCCGAGUGGACCGCAGGCUUCUGGUCAGCCCCAGCUUCUCAAGUCUCCUCGAGUCCAGCCGCAGCAAAAGAUAACAUAACGUCUUAUCUUCAGCUGUGUAUUCGUCAGCCUUGCUCUGUUAUGUAUGGACAUUUGUGGGCAUAUACAAGACUAGUUUAGAGAUUUAAUAUAGGCUUGUUGCAUUCAAUCUCUGUGAUAUUAACGCUAUUGAGUUCAAGUUGCUCUAGUUUAAUUUCAUCAAGUCUGAAGAAUGUCGACUAGAUAAUUAUUUGGGCUAUAGAAUCUGUGACAAUUAGCGAGGUCUGUAUAAUAGGAGCGCUACAUAACACAUAACCGCCCCACACAUGUUAGCAACAACUUCUGGCUACUUGAACUUCAUUGUUGAGCCUCUAUGUUGCUGUGAUGUCAUUUAGAGAGAUGGAAACUGAGCGACAUGGGAACGAUUACAUAAAUAUAAAUUAAGUUCAUGUACAUACUGCCCACGAACGAAACUCGAGUUGUAUGUAGCGAUAUGUAUUCAAUUAACAAUUGUUACAAUGGGCAAGGGUUUGUUCCAACUCGGGGUUCUAUUGUUCCAACUCGGGGUCAGUUUGUUUUCGUUGCGCCAAUUUGUAUAAAGACGCAAGUUCAUGAAUUUUUUUCACGUUGCUUAACAUAGGUGCUACGUUGGAUCGAAAGAGUGAAGUACACAUACUUUAAUGCAAACAGUAUUUUUAGAAAGCAGAAAACUUUGAAGACUCUUUCUAAUACGAGAAGUCAACAGCGAAAUUCAACCUUGACAAGAUCGCGAUCGUAAGCGGAAGAGCCAUACCCAAUUUCCGGGUAUCUUGCCAAGCAUGAUUAUGACGCAUGAGAACGUUGGCAAGACGAUUGUGUUUGAUGUCACCGCAGGACAUCUUUAAAAUGACACUUGUAGUUGACGGAGUUACUUUCAAUAAAAACUGGCUGUUGCUACGCUAACGUGCGGAAGUUUUUAUUUAAAUCUUUAGGUCAAUGACAGCAAAGCAUUGCGGUCUGUUAAUCUGCUCCGUGACAGAUUCGUGCCCGACGUCAAUUUACGAGUAUACUAGUCAGGUGCAGGUACGAAAAUGUUCUAAGGAUGCAAUAAAGUCCUUGCUGCA